GCGGUGACCGGGGGGGCCUCGCGGAGCCCAGAGCGCGGGCGCGAGAGGAGAGGAAAGGCGGGGGAGGCUGAGAGGGAGAGGAAGGGAGUGGUUGCGAGCCGGGCUGCGGCAGCCUCUGGUCACCUCACCGGCGGCAGCAACCCGUCCUCCCGUGCCCGUGCCGCCUCCCUCUCUCCCAGGAAAGAUGCCCUUAACCCAGGGGUGUGAAGAAGGGGGAGAAGUCGCUGCUGGAACCGCCCGUGCCGCCGCCGCCGUCCGUGUCCUUUGAAUCCAGAAGAGCACCCCCGCCCCACCCCCCGCCAGGGGCGACGCGAGCCUUGGUGCGGGUGUGAGGGAGACCGGGCUCUGCGCCCGGCGCGGCCCACGAGCGACCACCGCCAUGGAACGGGCUGGGCCGACCGAGUAGCCGCCGCUCCCCGAGCCCGGGUGCCAGAGGCGCCCGCAGCCCGCCUUUCCCACCUCCGGCCGCGCCGCGGGGUCAGGCCGCUGGGAGAAGCCGGGAGAAAAAUGAGGAGUUUUCACUGGAAUCUGUCGGAAAUAGGACUAACUGCAAAGCCUUAAAAGAGAAAAAAAGGAUUAACGAAACCCGCCUCCAGGCUGGACUUGGCGUGUUCGGAGGCGAGGGGUUGCCUUUGGGACCUCGCCCCCCUUCCUUUCCCGCUGGAGAAGUCGCCGCGGAUGCAUUAUCCAAGUGGUGGUUGAGCGCAUUUGCAGCAGAAUUUUUGUUUUUUUCUUCCCCCUACUAUACAUUCUGCUUUUCUCCCAUCUCCUGUUUCUCACCCCCCCCCCCUUUUUUCCCUGGGAAGUGAAUUGCUGAUGCAAAUGGGACUUUAUUCAUUAAUGAUGCAACCGGAUUCGUUUCAGGAUUAUGUUGCACGAGUUGAAUUUUGAAUGAAGGAGGAGAGUUUUUUUUUUAGGAAGUGUUGAUUCUUUAUUCAAUCUUUUAAUUAUUUUAUUUAAAUAGACGAUUUAUCUGUAUUCUUUUAAGAUGUAUUAAAUAUUUUAUGGCAGCCCUCCAAAUAGAUGUAUAUGGGUGAAAUUGAAGACGCUUCAGUUAAGUGAGGUUCCGGUGUGUUGGAUGUUUAAUUCAACACCGGCAUUGCCUGACAGUUGUUUGAAUAACAAGUGGUUUGUUGUUUUUUAAAAACCACACCUCUUCAAAUUUAGGCACAAAUAGCAACAGUCAAAAGGCAGCCUACGAUUUGGAAGGCAGACCUGCAGAAAUUGAAGCCAACAUGUCUGGCGAAGUGCGUUUGAGGCAGUUGGAGCAGUUUAUUUUGGAUGGGCCGGCUCAGACCAAUGGGCAGUGCUUCAGCGUGGAGACCUUGCUGGAUAUACUCAUCUGCCUGUAUGAUGAAUGCAAUAAUUCUCCACUGAGAAGAGAGAAGAACAUUCUUGAAUACUUAGAAUGGGCUAAACCAUUUACUUCUAAAGUCAAACAAAUGCGAUUACAUAGAGAAGACUUUGAAAUAUUAAAGGUGAUUGGUCGAGGAGCUUUUGGUGAGGUUGCUGUAGUAAAACUGAAAAAUGCAGAUAAGGUAUUUGCCAUGAAAAUACUGAAUAAAUGGGAAAUGUUGAAACGAGCUGAGACAGCAUGUUUUCGUGAAGAAAGGGAUGUAUUAGUGAAUGGAGAUAAUAAAUGGAUUACAACCUUGCACUAUGCUUUCCAAGAUGACAAUAAUUUAUACCUGGUAAUGGAUUACUAUGUUGGUGGGGAUUUGUUAACUUUGCUCAGCAAAUUUGAAGAUAGAUUGCCUGAAGAUAUGGCUCGAUUUUACUUGGCUGAGAUGGUAAUAGCAAUAGAUUCAGUUCAUCAACUACAUUAUGUGCACAGGGACAUCAAACCUGACAAUAUAUUGAUGGAUAUGAAUGGGCAUAUUCGAUUAGCAGAUUUUGGUUCUUGUCUGAAGCUAAUGGAAGAUGGAACGGUUCAGUCCUCAGUGGCUGUUGGAACCCCAGAUUAUAUCUCUCCUGAAAUCCUGCAAGCAAUGGAAGAUGGAAAAGGCAGAUAUGGACCUGAAUGUGACUGGUGGUCUUUGGGUGUCUGUAUGUAUGAAAUGCUGUAUGGAGAAACACCAUUUUAUGCAGAAUCUCUGGUGGAGACAUACGGAAAAAUCAUGAAUCAUAAAGAGAGGUUUCAGUUUCCAGCCCAAGUGACGGAUGUGUCUGAAAAUGCUAAAGAUCUCAUUCGAAGGCUCAUUUGUAGUAGAGAGCACCGGCUUGGUCAAAAUGGAAUAGAAGACUUUAAGAAACAUCCAUUUUUUAGUGGAAUUGAUUGGGAUAAUAUUCGAAACUGUGAAGCACCAUAUAUUCCAGAAGUUAGUAGCCCAACAGAUACAUCAAAUUUUGAUGUAGAUGAUGAUUGUUUAAAAAAUUCUGAAACAAUGCCUCCACCAACACAUACUGCGUUUUCUGGCCACCAUCUACCAUUUGUUGGUUUUACAUAUACUAGUAGCUGUGUCCUUUCUGAUCGGAGCUGUUUAAGGGUAACAGCUGGUCCCACCUCACUGGAUCUUGAUGCUAAUGUUCAAAGAACUUUAGAUAACAACUUAGCCACUGAAGCUUAUGAAAGAAGAAUUAAACGCCUUGAACAGGAAAAACUUGAACUCAGUAGAAAGCUUCAAGAGUCAACACAGACUGUCCAGGCUCUGCAGUAUUCAACUGUUGAUGGUCCAUUAACAGCAAGUAAAGAUUUAGAAAUAAAAACUUUAAAAGAAGAAAUUGAGAAACUAAGGAAACAAAUAACAGAGUCAAGUCAUUUGGAACAGCAGCUUCAAGAAGCGAAUUCUGUGAGGCAAGAACUGGAUGAUGCUUUUAGACAAAUCAAGGCUUAUGAAAAACAGAUCAAAACGUUACAGCAAGAAAGGGAAGACUUAAAUAAGGAACUAGUCCAGGCUAGUGAGCGAUUAAAAAACCAGUCCAAAGAGCUGAAAGAUGCACACUGUCAGAGGAAACUGGCCAUGCAGGAAUUCAUGGAGAUCAAUGAGCGACUAACAGAAUUGCACACCCAAAAACAGAAACUUGCUCGCCAUGUCCGAGAUAAGGAAGAAGAGGUGGACCUGGUGGUGCAAAAAGUUGAAAGCUUAAGGCAAGAACUGCGCAGAACAGAAAGAGCCAAAAAAGAGUUGGAAGUUCAUACAGAAGCUUUGGCUGCAGAAGCAUCUAAAGAUAGGAAACUACGUGAACAGAGUGAACACUAUUCUAAGCAACUGGAAAAUGAAUUGGAGGGACUGAAGCAAAAACAAAUUAGUUACUCACCAGGAAUAUGCAGCAUAGAGCAUCAGCAAGAGAUAACAAAACUAAAGACUGAUUUGGAAAAGAAAAGUAUCUUUUAUGAAGAAGAAUUAACAAAAAGAGAAGGGCUACAUGCAAAUGAAAUAAAAAAUCUGAAAAAAGAACUGCAUGAUUCAGAAGGUCAGCAACUUGCUCUCAAUAAAGAAAUUAUGAUUUUAAAAGACAAAUUGGAAAAAACCAGAAGAGAAAGCCAAAGUGAAAGGGAAGAAUUUGAAAAUGAGUUCAAGCAGCAGUAUGAACGAGAAAAAGUGUUGUUAACCGAAGAAAAUAAAAAGUUGACAAGUGAGCUUGAUAAGCUUACCACUUUGUAUGAAAAUUUAAGUAUGCGCAACCAGCAGUUAGAGGAAGAGGUAAAAGAUCUAGCAGACAAAAAAGAAUCAGUUGCACAUUGGGAAGCUCAAAUCACAGAAAUAAUUCAGUGGGUCAGUGAUGAGAAAGAUGCACGUGGAUACCUCCAAGCCUUAGCUUCUAAAAUGACUGAAGAAUUGGAAGCAUUAAGAAAUUCCAGUUUGGGUACACGAGCAACCGACAUGCCCUGGAAGAUGCGCCGUUUUGCAAAACUGGAUAUGUCAGCUAGAUUGGAAUUACAGUCGGCCCUGGAUGCUGAAAUAAGGGCCAAACAAGCCAUCCAGGAAGAACUGAAUAAAGUUAAAGCAUCUAGCAUCAUCACUGAAUGUAAACUAAAAGAUUCAGAAAAGAAGAACUUGGAACUGCUUUCAGAAAUUGAACAGCUGAUAAAGGAUACUGAAGAGCUUAGAUCUGAAAAGGGUAUAGAGCACCAAGACUCACAGCAUUCUUUCUUGGCAUUUUUGAAUACGCCUACCGAUGCUCUGGAUCAAUUUGAAGAUUCCUUUUCUUCUUCCUCAUCUUCACUGAUUGAUUUUUUGGAUGACCCUGUAGACUCUACUCCACUGCCAGUUCACACACCAACCUUAAGAAAAAAGGCAUGUCCUGGUUCAACUGGUGUCCCACCAAAGCGCAAGACUCAUCAGUUCUUUGUAAAAUCUUUUACUACUCCUACCAAAUGUCAUCAGUGUACCUCUUUGAUGGUGGGUUUGAUCAGACAGGGCUGUUCAUGCGAAGUGUGUGGAUUCUCAUGUCAUAUAACUUGUGUGAAUAAAGCUCCAACGACUUGUCCAGUUCCUCCUGAACAAACAAAAGGUCCUCUGGGGAUAGAUCCACAGAAAGGAAUAGGAACAGCAUAUGAGGGCCAUGUCAGGAUUCCUAAGCCAGCUGGAGUGAAAAAAGGAUGGCAAAGAGCAUUGGCUGUGGUUUGUGACUUCAAACUCUUUCUGUAUGAUAUUGCUGAAGGAAAAGCGUCUCAGCCCACAGUUGUCAUUAGUCAAGUCAUUGACAUGAGGGAUGAAGAAUUUUCUGUGAGCUCAGUCUUGGCUUCUGAUGUUAUUCAUGCAAGUCGAAAAGACAUUCCUUGUAUUUUUAGAGUCACAGCUUCCCAGCUUUCAGCAUCUAAUAACAAAUGUUCAAUCCUGAUGCUAGCAGAUAGUGAAAAUGAGAAGAGUAAGUGGGUGGGAGUGUUGAGUGAACUGCAAAAGAUUUUGAAGAAGAACAAAUUCCGAGAUCGGUCAGUCUAUGUUCCUAAAGAGGCAUAUGACAGCACUCUACCCCUCAUUAAAACAACCCAAGCAGCUGCAAUUAUAGAUCAUGAAAGGAUAGCUUUGGGAAAUGAAGAAGGGCUAUUUGUUGUACAUGUCACCAAAGAUGAAAUUAUUCGAGUUGGUGACAACAAGAAGAUUCAUCAGAUUGAAAUCAUUCCAAAUGAUCAGCUUGUUGCUGUGAUCUCAGGACGAAAUCGUCAUGUUCGACUCUUUCCUAUGUCAGCACUGGAUGGGCGAGAGACAGAGUUUUACAAACUGGCAGAAACUAAAGGGUGUCAGACUAUAACUUCUGGAAAAGUGCGCCAUGGUGCUGUUACAUGCCUAUGUGUGGCCAUGAAAAGACAGGUCUUUUGUUAUGAACUAUUUCAGAGUAAGACCCGUCACAGAAAAUUUAAAGAAAUUCAAGUCCCAUAUAAUGUCCAGUGGAUGGCAAUCUUCAGCGAACAGCUGUGUGUGGGAUUCCAGUCAGGAUUUCUGCGAUACCCCUUGAGUGGAGAAGGAAGUCCGUGUAGCAUGCUUCAUUCAAAUGACCAUACACUAUCAUUUAUUGCACAUCAGCCAAUGGAUGCCAUCUGUGCAGUUGAGAUCUCCAGUAAAGAGUAUCUGCUGUGUUUUAACAGCAUUGGGAUAUACACGGAUUGUCAGGGUCGGAGAUCCAGACAACAGGAAUUGAUGUGGCCAGCAAAUCCUUCCUCUUGUUGUUACAAUGCACCGUAUCUCUCAGUAUACAGUGAGAAUGCAGUCGAUAUCUUUGAUGUGAACUCCAUGGAGUGGAUUCAGACUCUUCCUCUUAAAAAGGUUCGACCCUUAAACAGUGAAGGAUCAUUAAAUCUUUUAGGAUUGGAGACAGUAAGAUUAAUAUAUUUCAAAAAUAAGAUGGCAGAAGGAGAUGAACUGGUAGUUCCUGAAACAUCAGAUAACAGUAGAAAACAAAUGGUUAGAAAUAUUAACAAUAAACGCCGUUACUCCUUCAGAGUCCCAGAAGAGGAAAGGAUGCAACAGAGGAGGGAGAUGCUACGAGAUCCAGAAAUGAGAAAUAAGUUAAUUUCUAACCCAACUAAUUUUAAUCACAUAGCACACAUGGGUCCUGGAGAUGGAAUCCAGAUCCUAAAAGACCUUCCCAUGCCAGGUUUCCCUUAUCCAUCCCCUCAUCAUCACUCCGGUCUGAUAUCCUCUCCGAUCAACUUUGAACACAUCUAUCACAUGACCGUUAAUUCUGCUGAAAAAUUUCUCUCUCCUGAUUCCAUAAACCCUGAAUAUUCCCCGACUCUGCGUUCUGUCCCUGGUACACCAAGCUUUCUGACUCUGAGGAACCCUCGGCCUCAGGAAAAUCGGGCAGUAUUCAGUGGCUCAGUCAGUAUUCCAUCUAUCACCAAGUCCCGCCCUGAGCCAGGUCGUUCCAUGAGUGCCAGUAGUGGCCUCUCAGCAAGGUCAUCUGCUCAGAACGGCACUGCAUUAAAGCGGGAAUUCUCUGGUGGAAGCUACAACGCAAAGCGACAGCCCAUGCCAUCCCCGUCAGAGGGCUCUCUGUCUUCCGGAGGCAUGGACCAAGGAAGUGACACACCAGCAAGGGACUAUGAUGGAGAGGACUCUGAUUCUCCAAGGCAUUCCACAGCUUCCAACAGUUCCAACCUAAGCAGCCCCCCAAGCCCAGUUUCACCCCGAAAGACCAAGAGCCUGUCUCUGGAGAGCACCGACCGUGGGAGCUGGGACCCGUGAGCUGCUUUAGCACUUGGACCAGGGUGGCUCUGGCUGCCGGCUCCUCUCCACUCGGCUCUUCUCCCUUUCGUUUCUUCUCUCCACCUUGGCCUGAAGCCCGAAAAUGACCAGGGAUGGGUGGCAGCAGCAGGGUAGGGACUCGGGUUCUGGCACACGCCUCACAGAUCCAUACCCCCAGCCUAACAGCAGCAACAAAGGCAGACUUUCUUUAAGCAGCUUAGAUCAAUAUUGUUUCAUUUCAUUCAUUCCCUUAGAGUUGCUUUCAGUAAUAUUUUACCCUUCCCUCAAAAGGUAGCUUAAAUAGACAGAUCACACAAGUGUAAAUGAUAAGAGUAAGAUUAGGCAGUUUUGUUUCACAGUAGAGCCUCACUUUAGUCCUGAGACAACGCAUGGAUUUCUCGGCGCCCUGAGGGCGGACCAUCCCUGGAAUGGCACUGUGUGUGUGUCACCUGAGUGUUGCCGGGAAGUCCUUAUGAAUUAAAACAAACAUAUUUUACUACAAUACAGAGUUUAAAUAAAUACAUAAAUGUAGAAGUUAAAUACUGAAUGUAUAUAGCAAAAGAAGCAUCUUGUAUUCAAUGAAAGAUGGUGCAUAUAUGAGAAAGAGAUCAUUAAUUUAAAAAAAAUGUGUUCCUUAUCUGUUUCCCAACUUAGUAAGGUCAAGGGUAGAAGGGCCUUAGCUGGUGUUGAUAGAGGGAGAAGAAAGAAUGCAGUCUGCUCAGUGCCCUGGUCUCCACCCUCGGCAUGUUGAGGUGCCGGAAGCCUGCAGACUUGGGGUUCACUGGUUUACAAGCCCACCCAGGAACCAAAGUUUGAAUGUGUUAAAGCCACUUCAACAGUGGCAUCUAAAGGUAAACUCACCUGUACCCAAGACAUUUCUUUUUCUGGUGGGAAGAAUUUGAACCAUAAGUUUCUUGUUUCUUACUACAUUAUAUCCUGUGCAAAUGAAUGUAAAAAUAC